UAUGAGCGGAAAAGUUCAGUGAAAAGACUCGUUACUUUGAACGAAUCGUUCACUCACUAGUUCCGAUGCCCGACUGACAGUUCACACAGCAACAAACAUCCAACUAUGGCUCCUGCAAGCAAAAAUCGCGUGUUUGUCAUCGGGGUUGGCAUGACCAAGUUUGACAAGCCCGGAGCCCGAGGCGACUAUGACUACCCUGACAUGGCCAAGGAAGCGGGUGAAAAGGCUCUUGCGGAUGCCGGAAUCCCAUACUCUGCAAUCCAGCAAGCCUGUGUGGGAUAUGUCUAUGGUGACUCCACGUGUGGACAGAGGGCCAUUUACCACAGCCUGGGCCUGACCGGCAUCCCCAUCAUUAACGUCAAUAAUAAUUGCUCCACCGGCUCCACUGCCCUCUACAUGGCACGGCAGCUGAUCCAAGGAGGUCUUUCCGACUGUGUGCUUGCACUUGGAUUCGAAAAGAUGGAGAGGGGCUCUUUGUCCUCUAAGUACAUGGACAGGACCAGUCCCAUGGACAAGCACAUGGAGGUGAUGAUCAACCGUUACGGGAUGGUGGCCGCUCCGCCAGCUGCGCAGAUGUUCGGCAACGCCGGCAGGGAGCACAUGGAGAAAUAUGGCACUAAACCGGAGCACUUUGCCAAGAUCGCCUGGAAAAACCACAAACAUUCGACCAACAACCCUUAUUCUCAGUUUCAAGAUGAAUACACUCUGGAGCAGGUCAUGAACUCAAGGAAGGUCUUUGAAUAUUUGACUCUUCUGCAGUGCUGCCCCACAUCGGAUGGCGCCGGUGCUGUCGUUUUGGCAAGUGAGGACUUUGUUAGGCGCCACCGUCUGGAGAAGCAAGCCGUGGAGAUCCUGGCCCAAGAGAUGGUGACUGACCUGAACACCACUUUUGAUGAAAACAGUUGCAUCAAGAUGGUGGGCUACGACAUGUCGCGAGUGGCGGCCCAAAAGUGUUUCCAAGCGGCGGGUCUGCAGCCUGCCGACGUUGACGUCGUGGAGCUGCACGACUGCUUCUCUGCUAACGAGCUCAUCACCUACGAGGCCCUGGGACUCUGCCCUGAAGGUAAAGGAGCAGAGCUGAUUGAGCGAGGGGACAACACGUAUGGCGGCAAGUAUGUGAUCAACCCCAGCGGCGGUCUCAUCUCCAAAGGACAUCCUUUAGGAGCGACAGGGUUGGCCCAAUGUGCUGAGCUCUGCUGGCAGCUCCGAGGUGAGGCCGGCAAGAGGCAAGUCCCGGGUGCCAAGGUGGCCUUGCAGCACAACAUUGGCUUGGGAGGAGCCGUGGUGGUCGCGCUGUACAGGAUGGGAUUCACACAGGGGCUCAGCCGUUCCCACGUGGGCGCAGUGGCUACAAGUGCGGGCAAGAACUUGGAGGCCUUUAAAUCAUACGCUGUCUUCAAGGAGAUUGAAAAACAUCUGCAGGAGGAAGGAGCAAAUCUGGUCAAGAAGGUUGGCGGGGUGUUUGCUUUCCAAGUGAAAGACGGACCCAAUGGCAAGGAGGCCACAUGGUUUGUGGAUGUGAAGAAUGGAAAUGGUUGCGUCACCAAUCAAGCAGGUACCAAGGCCGACUGCACCUUGACCAUGAGUGAUCAAGAUCUACUGGAGCUGAUGACGGGAAAAUUGAACGCUCAAACGGCAUUUUUCAAGGGCAAGCUGAAGAUUACUGGGAAUAUGGGCAUGGCCAUGAAGCUUCAGAACCUUCAGGUGGCACCAGGAAAGGCCAAGCUGUGAUCACCAACGGAGCCCCAACCUUGGAAUUUAAUUCUUUAUGACAGACACCAGUAGCGAUGGGCUUCAGUAGAACUGGUUCUGCGCGCUUAGAUAAAGUCCAGCUAUAAAGCCUUAAUGUGCACCUUUUGGACCAUAUUGCGGGUGGGGACCUUAACCUGUGCAAAAAUCUACAUGUCAGAGAGCAGCAGCAAUCUGACCUCAUAAUAAAUCAUGGAAAAAUGGAACAGUUGAUUAACUGCUCACUUAAAAUGAAAUAAUCUGUUUUAACCACGCCAAUAACAUACAUUUGCCUUCUGUAAUUACGACUAAGUCAAACAUAUUUCAUUCUGUAAACGUAUUCCGCUGUUUAAUAAACACCAGUAAUUUCUCUA